AUGAAGGGCUCACAGCGAAAGUUGACGCGUAGUACGAAAUCGCGUAUCUCUCGGGCUGUUUGCUCGUACGCGCGCUUUCCGAAACCAAGCACAUUACACUGGUAUCGACCACGAGAUUGGGUGGUCGGUCGAACGCGCGCUCCGAGCGAACAGAACGAACAACGAACUUCUCUUGGAACUUUCUCUCCGCUCGACGACGAAGACCAACGCGCGCUCGCGAUGGCGCGUCUCGCGCGGCGCGUCGCGGGCGCGGUCGCGUCCGCGAUUCUCCUCCUCGCGUGCAUCACCCUGUCGUUCGCGUCCAGCGCGGACGCUCGGUUCGAGGACGCGUUCACGCUCGACGGCGCGGAGUGGCAGCAUCACGUCGAGGACAGCACGGGGAGGUCGUACUACUUCGACGUGAAGCACCGUAAAUCGCAGUGGGCGGACCCGCGCCCGCGUCCGACGGACGACGACGACGACGACGACGACGACGCGCCUCGCUCGGACGAAAGAGAAGACGCGAGCGCGGACGACGACGACGACGACGAGGAGGAGGAGGAGGAGGAACCCUGGACCACGUCGCUCGCGGACGACGACGACGACGACGACGACGACGCCGACGACGCCGACGCCGCGGAGGCAAAAGUCCUUAAGGAUCGGCGUCCACCACGCCGACGCGGUCGUACGGGGACCAGUGCGACACAGAACGCGCAUCUGCGCGUCGUCGCGUUCGCCGUCGUCGUCGCCGCCGUCGCGUGGCUCGCGUCGUUGACGAAGAAGGUCCGCGCGCGGGCGGGGCCCGGCGGGACCGGGUCCGCGCGCGCGGGCGGGUCGCCGAUGCGCGCGCGCGGGCGCGGCGGCGUCGCGGACGCGAUCUUCGAGCUCCGCGUCGAGGCGCGCCUCAGCGCGUCGCGCGCGCGUCUUCGCCUCGCAGCCGCGCUCAGGCGCGUCCGGACGUGUCUCUCCGCCCACCCCUCGCUUUCAAUCCCGACGCACACACCGCGACGCCUUUCAACUCCACCCCUGACGCCUUUCGACUCCGCCCCGACGUUCGUCGCUUCGCGCGGAACGACUCUCAUCAGAUCGCGACUCGGCGCGGUCGCGGCGGUCGCGAAGGACGCGUGCGCGUCGCGCGCGACGCCGCGCGAUCGGUUGGGCGUGUUGAUCGCCGCGUCGAGGGCGUUCGACCGAUCCGCGGACGCGUUUCUCAUCGCGCGGGCGCUCGUCGCGUCGUACUACUACGACCUCGCGGCGGACAAGGUGGGCGCGUAUCUCCGCGCGCGCGGCCAAUCGCGGGACGACACGACAGCAUACGACACCAUGUCAGCAUACGCCACGUCAGCAUCGUCGUCUGGAGGCAUCCCGUGGCUCGCGCUCGCGCUCGUCGUCGCGACGACGGCGACGCUCCUCGACCGGCACCCGACGCGCGCGGCGGCGUGCGCGCUUCUCUACGACGUCCGCGACUCCUUCCGCGUCGUCGCCGACGCGUUCUUCGCCGGCGCUCCGCCGUGGUUCGUCUCGCUGAACCCGAACGAGCUCGCGAUGAAGAAGCUCGCGAUGUUCGGCGCGACGUGCCUGCUCGUCGUCCACGCGUCCGCGCGUCGGGAGAAGAUUCGCGGCGCGCGCGACGAGAAGAGCGGCGGCGGCGGCGGCGGCGGCAGCGCGAGAGGGUUGCUCGACGCGUUCGACGGCGUCGGCGGCGGCGCGCGGAGUCCGACGACGUCGGGGUUAGGAGGAGGGUUAGGGUUAGGGUUAGGGUUAGGGUUAGGGUUUGGCGGCGGCGGCGGCGGCGGCGGCGACGACGACGACGCGAUCAGACCCGCUGGGAAGAGGAAGAGCCUCGCGCUUCUGUGCGCGCGGCUGGCGAUCGCGGCGUCGCUCUUUUUCGUCGGCUGGACGCAAAUUCGUCGCGUCGUCGCGCGCGGCGCGCUCGCCCCCGCCGCGCCCGCUUCCGGCGGACGCGGACGCGGACACGUCGACGCGCACGAUAACAGCUGGCUUCUUCUUCAGUUCGCGCUCGCGGCGCCGCUCGCGAUCGGGUACAGACCGGCGUUCACCGCGUGGGCGCUGUCGUGGACGCUGUGGGGCGAGGCGUGGAGGUGCGUUCUAUACACUGGUCCCCGUACGACCGCGUCGGCGUGGUGA